AAGAGCGGCAAGGGCAGCCCGGAGCCCUCGGCACCAGCAGCCCAUCCUUCGGAGCAGCCGCCGACACAUUGGACCUCAUGAAUCACUGGGCCUGACGAGCGGGCAGUUUUGCUAUGCAUCCACACACCACGGCUGGGCUAUUAUCUUACGUAUUCAGCAACUUUCAAAGCUGUGAUUGUCUUCUGCUGCAUAAAUCAUACUCAAAGCAUCGCGUACAGAAGAUGGGAUGUUAUGUUGAAGCUCUAUCAGACAUUGGACUUCCUUGCUACGUCCUUGUGCGGAAUGGAUAGGAACUCUUCACCCUCGGUAGAGGAGAGAGAUCGGGGCCGAUCCUGGAUAAAGCAGGAAGCUAUUAUUGUGUUUUCUGUCACUGAUCACCGCGCUGCAGGAUCCAGGCUGUCUGGGCUGAAGAUGAGCUAAUGGUGUAUGAUGGAACUGAAGGUGUGGGUCGAUGGAGUCCAGCGCAUUGUCUGUGGUGUCACCGAGGCCACAACCUGCCAAGAAGUCGUCAUCGCCCUCGCUCAGGCUAUCGGCAGAACUGGCCGAUACACCCUCAUUGAGAAGUGGAGAGAGACAGAGCGUCACCUGGCACCCCACGAGAAUCCGCUGGCUGCCCUGAACAAGUGGGGACAGUAUGCCAGUGAUGUGCAGCUGAUCCUGCGGCGGACGGGCCCCUCUCUGAGCGAGCGGCCCACGUCAGAUAGCGUUGGCCGCGCACCUGAGAGAACUUUAUACCGGCAGAGCCUGCCGCCCUUGGCCAAGCUGAGGCCCCAGAAUGACAGGUCGUUACGGAGGAAAGAGCCCAAAAGGAAGUCCCUGACUUUUAGUGGUGGCCCAAAGGGGUUCAUUGAUGUUUUUGGGAAGUGUGCGAACUUGGAGGUGAAGCACCAGCCUCUGGCCAGCAGGGUGCCUGCCGAGGAGCUGAAGAAGGUGGUUCAUCUGCAGCGGGAGAAGCUCCACACGCUGCAGAGGCAGCUGGAGUCCAACCAGGCUGAAAUGAAGUACUGGGAGGGAAAGGUGGGCCUCCGCAUGGAGGAGGAAAUCCUGCGGCUGGAGCAGAGAAUUAAGAAGAAUGAGGUAGAGAUUGAGGAGGAGGAAUUCUGGGAGAAUGAGUGGCAGAUUGAGCGGGAGAAUGAGAAGCAGCUGAAGGAGCAGCUGGAGGAGGUGAGUCUCCGGAUCAAGGACAGCGAGGAGAAGCUGAAGGACUGCACGGAGAGAAUCCAGCGGAUCGAACGGGGCAUUGAAACCGAGAAGGUGCAGCAGGAGCUCCGCGGAUCGCAGGUCAAUGAGGAGGAGGUGAAGGGAAAUCUGGUGAAAAUCAGGAAGGACAUCGAGCUCAAGUGCCAGCACAGCACGAGGCUGCAGAACAGUCUGCGAGCUGUGGAAAGGACGUUGGGUCAAGCCAAUAAAAAGCUUCAGGAGAAGGAGCUGGAGCUGGAGCAGCUGACCAAGGAGCUGAGGCAAGUCAAUCUCCAACAGUUCAUCCAGCAGACAGGAACCAAGGUCACAGUACUUCCCGCUGAACCGACAGAGGAAGAGCUGUCUGCAGCCCAAGAGAAAGGUUCCCUGAAGUGGCCUACCUCAGCACGGCAGCUGCCCAGUAAUCUAAGGGCUCUGCAGAAUCCUCUGAUUUCAGGCUUCAACCCAGAAGGCAUCUACGUAUAAUGAGAUCACUCCCAUCAAUGAAGCCACAAGGAGAGUUGCAGAAGUUGCUGGUUAUUCUCUGACCCGCAGUAGUUUUGUUAAAUUUGCUGAUUCUGUGCCUUACACCGAGUCGGAGCCCUGUAACCAGCCAGUCACAGAUGGGUAAAUGAGGAUAUAUUUCUUGCGGAGCUAGCCAGCGUUGCUGUCCCACUACGGAAUGUCUGUUCCACUCAAGGCGAACUUGCUUGGGGGUUCCAGUUGUGGAAUGUAGGCAGAAGUUAUUUUGCAGACUUGUGAAGGCUUUGGUUCACUUUUAAAAACAUUGUUCAAUUUUAUUUGGAGUUUAAUCCUACUCUUCCCUGCCCUCAAAGCAAAAGGGCCCAGUAAUGAUGGUAAGAAAUUUUUGUCAGUAUUUUCAAAAUUAGAUUUUUUUCAAAGCAAUGUCUAUGUGUCACAACAAUGGGAAGAGGAGGUGUGUUUUGUCUGGGAUGCACAUAACGUGUUACAUGAAGCGAAAAUCAUGGUGAAGGUGCACUUCACGGGAAGAGUUUUCUUUAAAUCAAACACUGGGCAAUUCUAAGGCCCCUUUCCAAAAUGCCAAAUAAUAAGAUAAUUUCAGACAUUGAACUUUCCAUUGCACUGUUUGUGGCUAGUCAGUGAGGACUGAACCCUGUUUUGCUGCUACUAUUCCAAACUUACAGCAGAUGCACGGAAAGAGCCAGCCACCGCGAGACAGCGGAGAGAGCCGGCAGUGCAACUAGUUAACAAUGAGUGAAUUUCCAACUUUGUUAUCGUCGCUGAUUCAGAGCCCAGUAGGUUUCAAUAACCGGGGGGGAGAAAAUAUCAGGCCUUCAGAGAGAUGAGGGCAGAGUGAGCAGUGUUCAGAGCGCAUGUAUAUUUUAUAUAUCUCAGUGAAUGCAAAAUAGAAGUGGCUGUCAGAUUUGGGAAAUCACUGUUCUAGCUAAGGCAGGGGGGAGCUUGCCGGAUUCUGAUUAUGUAUAUAGUAAAUAAAAUAUUUAGAUCUUAUUUUUUGGCUUUACCAGUGUAUAUGGGUAUGUAAAAUUAAUAUAAGAUUCAGUUUAAUAGCAUUACUUUUAUAUUAUACCAAGUGCCAAUUUUACACAUGCACGGUCUGAACACAUUGUGUUUAAGUGUAUGGGAAGGAGAUACCAGUCUGUCAGAACAAUCACUCUGUAAAUCCUAUUUAUUAAGUGAUGCUCUGUGUUAUUCAGAGACUCGUGUGCUAUAUAUUUUCAAUGCCAUGCAUGUAAUUACCACUAAGCUGAAUGCAAAGUAUUAAUAUUUCAGUAUUAUUUGGUGCAAAGGAACGUACUAUAAAGCAAAAUUGAUUUUAUCACGUCUUCUUAUUUCAAGCUUUAAAGUUGUAGCAUUGUGAAUUUUAAACAACACUGUCCUAAACCCUAAUGCAGAGUAGAAUAAACAUGCCCAUUGAAAGAA